CAAGACACCCUCAGAUCUAAUCGACGACGCACGCAUAUAGAUACAGAUCAAAACUGCAAUCCACUUUCCAUUUUCAUUUUCCUUUUGGUUCUCGGGAAAGAGGCAAAGGAAACUGGAACAGUUCAUCCACAAUUUGCCGCCCAUGGAUCUGAUGCGCUCCGAGAAGAUGAUGUUGGUGCAGCUCAUAAUUCCCGUCGAAUCCGCUCACCGUGCAAUCUCCUAUCUCGGCGAACUCGGUCUCUUCCAGUUCCGUGAUUUAAAUGCUGAUAAGAGCCCGUUUCAGCGAACAUUUGCAAAUCAGGUAUAUCGCCACUUUAUCACUUAAGUCUCUUUCUCUUUUUACUAUAAUAUGCAUUGUUGAUUUUGGUUUAGUGUUUGGUUGGAGGAAACGUUAGUAGCUGCCAGUUGUUUAAAUUAUGUUUUCUUUGAACAAUCCAUUGUAUUACACAGAAUGGUUUUCUGGUGAAUUAAAUGGAAUAUUUUUCU